CUCCUUGCUAAGAUUCUCUACAGGUAGUUUGAUGCUUGGUUCGUGCAAAGUAAAUUCCAUCCAUAUCUGUUUGAUAUUUCAGGAUUAAAAGAGGUACAUAAAUUUUAAUCACCCAGUUCCUGAAGAAAAAAUACACGCUGCAUUAUACACAUUCUGUAUUUCGGGUCUCUUGAACUUACACAAAAUCAUGGCACAGUAUAUUUUUCUUCAUAUUUCAUUCACUGAAGAUAGACUGAAGAGUGGCUAUGUUACUCUGUGAUUGCUGUAAUUUGAAAGGUUUCUGAUUUUUUUAAUUGCAUUUAUGCAAUAUUUCUUUCUGGAAUAAGGGCAUGCUAGUUAGUGCAAACAACUUGUGUAAAAAUUUGAACACAUACCCUGUAGUAAAAUAAUCAUUCAUUGUAUGAAUAAACUUGAUGCAGUAUGGCUUUGGAAACAUGGCGUGUGUUAUUCAAAGAGUGUCUAGGUGGACGAGGAGCACAAUACUGUGAUGAGGUUGCACCUCUACUAGUAGCUGUAGACCAAGGAGUUAAACCUUCUCUUUUAUGGGACGUUUGUACUGCAGACACCUCAGCUCUGCUUGCCCUUCUCAACCAGGCAAGAUCAAAGAGCCUUUUAGUGUCAAAACUUGUCUUAGUGGAAUUAGGCCUCGAUGUGUUCAUUGUUAACAUUGCUGCUGUAAUCCGUACUCUUGGUGGCAUAACAGGAGCACCACCUACCUGGAUAAUUGACAUAAGUUGUGCUACACCCAAACUGGGUAGUAGCGAGAUUCAUCAAGAAUUUCGUACACACCUGAAUUCCAUUAUUGCUCAGCUGGGUGUUGCCACUCAAGAGAAUGAAGAAAGUUCAACAUUAGAUUCAGCAGGCACACACCCUCAGAAUGGCAUUGAUGGUACUGCUCUUGCUAAUGCUCCAAGCACAACUUGGAAUUCAAGUACAAUCAAAGCAAUACAAAUAAAGUUGCCAGAUGAUCUCAACCUUAGCACUAUAUUUGGCUGUCUGCUUGGUUAUCCCCAUAUUUAUUGGUGGGAAGGUGAAUCUGGGGGCAACAGUCUUUCUGGCAUGCCGCUCAAAGUAUUUAAACUGAGUGCUAAUUGCUCCAUUGAUGGCUCUGUUGCAGAAUUGUUUUCCUUCAGUAUCCCUGAAGCUUUGGAAGGAGACAUACGGCCAGGAAUUGAACACUGGGGAAAUGUUGUCAAUGUUAGGAUUGAGCAAGCAGGUAGCUUUUCAAAUGCAAAAUUCAGAUGUGAUUCAGUCCUGUGUCUUUCUGUUGCAUUAUAGAAGACUCCCACCCAAUUUACUUGUUGUAUUCCUAUCAUGGAAGAGUUUAAUAUAGAGACAAAGUUAAAGCAUUAUUAGAAAAAUAUUACAUUAGAUGUGGGUGAAAGUCUAAAAAAUAGUAUUUUUUUGUGCACUUCAUUUAUUGCUUGAUAAUUCUGCUGUGACUGACAAAAUUGCAGGAGCAGAUCUGUUUCUUAAAUAGCAAAGUAAUAAGAUAUUGAAUAAGAGGUAUUAGAGAAAUGAAAAGGAUUUUUUACAGAUUUGUCAAAUCAAAGUGAAUGAAACAGUAAGAAUGUUAAAAGUGGAAAAAGUAUCUGGGUUGCACAGCAUUAAAAAAGAUAUCCUGAAAACAAGUGGUGAAAAUAUGGUGGAAUGGGUGGUACAUUCUUCAAUGCAAGUUUGAAUCAAGAGAAGGCACUCUAUAAUUGUCAAAGUAUAUAUGUGCUAGGGCAUUGUAUCAAGAGUAUAUUGGUGUUGAUGUUUAUGUAUGGGUGGGAAGCAUUGUCUUAUGAAGGUUGUAGUAAGGAGGAGGCUGGAGGCAGUGAGAGGGAGGGAGGUGUAAUGUGGAAAAAUUAGGCAUUGAAUUGGCAGAUGCUUGAAGAAUAUUUUUCCUUUUAUUUUGCAGCUUAUCUUUAUAUUUUCAUGUGUAGGGCUUCCAGGGCAGUUUUAGGUGGCUGGGACCAGGCAGUAUUACUGCCUUUAUAUGGUGUUUAUGAUUACAUGUAUCAUUCUGAAUUAGUAUGUUCUUUUGCCUCCUUUUUUCAUUAACCGGUUGUGAUUUGCUGGAGACUUCAUUAUUUCUCUGCAAUUUAUUUAUAUUGAUUGAAAUAUAGUAUAUCCUUUGUGAUGGCAUUUAAUAUUGUGGUCAUUUUAUUAUACUCUUAUGUAAAUAUGUUAAUGAUUUAAUUUAAAAUUGUAAUUGCUGUUACAUAGCAAUAAUAGUCACUUUCACAUAUCUAAAAAGAAUACUCAGUGAGGAAUUACUAUAUGUACAAGAUAGAGCUUAAAGAAUCUUCAUAAUCAUUGUUUUCAUAUUGCUGGCACAGAAGAAUAGUUUUAUGGUGCAUUAGUUUAGCUCUAUUGAAUUGUUACACUUGGGAAUCCACAUAUUUUUGUAUCACCUCAGUGUCAAUACUAUACCCUAAUUGGAACAUAUCUUGUAGCAUGCCAUGCAGUUAGUGAUUCAUGCCCUUCAUUAAUAUCAAAUAAAUACUGCUACUCAUUCAUGGCAUGAUUUUGGCUUUUUAGUUUACAGAGUAUAAAAUCAAGUUGCAAGGCCUUUAUAUAGGAGGAGGUGGUAAUGUUAUACAGAUCUCUGCUGUACAAACAUUCCAGAAUUACACAUGUCCGCAUUUACAAACAGGAUACUUUGUAAUUAAAGUUUUUUCAGCUGCCAAGCCAUAGUAUGAACAGGUGGAACAUAACCGUCCUUUGUAACAAUGUUGGUAGAAUUACCGACAGUGCUAGGCAAAGGGACGACACUUGUACAACUUAAACAACAUUUUAUUGUGGCAUAAAAAUGUUGCAGUAAAAUGUCAUAUCAGUUGCAGAUACAUAUAUCCUUUUGCCUAACCAUCCUUGUUAAAUGUUAUCAUCUUCUAAACAAGUAACUAAUUUGUAAGUCGGAUAACCAGGAAUGCAACUCAUUUGUGAGUUGCUCUACAUCCUGUCCUGUAAUGAGGAUUUAUCGAAGUUAAGCUACAUACAAUAUAUAUGUAUUGUUUUGUUGAAACUGAAGACUCAAAUUCUUGUAUAAUUCAGUGUCAUUUUAAUUAAUAAAUCUACAUAUGUGUAAUAAAGUUGGCUAUGUA